CACGCACCCUCCACUGCCACCCCACGUUACCAGGACAACAGAGGUGGAAUCCCCAGAGGUCCUGCCGUCAGGGGCUUUUGCUAUCCAGCACGUUACGAACGAUCUCGGACGUGCUAAACUCUGUCUUAUUUGAGGAUUCCUGAAAUUUGGGCUUGUGAGAGAGAGGGAAUAUUUUUGUCCAUUCUGCCACUGUGUCGCAGUUGUUCCUGAACGGUGUUUCAGGGGGCAGGGCCAACAGGUGCACUUUCAGGUAAGGCCGGUUCCCAGAUGCACUGCACAAAGCUGACCAGCGCCCUCCUCUUCCGCUUACCUGGUGUCCUGUUCGCCGUCUCUUAAAUUGGAACAGCUUUCGGCAUCACCAGUUCCUCUUUCCAGCACCACACCGGUUGUACAUUAAGAGCACAAAGCAUAACUCUGGACUCACUGGACCAAAGAGAAUGAAAACACGUCUAUCUUCACCUUGGCCGCGAUUCUCUCUUCCCAUUGGUCCUUUGUUUUAGUUUUGUCCUGUUCAACCAGAAGGACAGCUUAGAGAGAAUGCAUAACUGAAAUGUCUGUGGAAUCACACACCCUAGCAGAGAAAACAGACAUGACACAAAGGCUGGACUUGGUUUUGGCUCUGUGUCUGAUUCUUCAGAGCUUCUGUGGGGUUUCACUUCAGGAUCCCUCAGAGUUUGAAGGUGGACUUAAUGACGACUAUUUGGAUGAAUACAUUACUCAGGUCCCCGUAGUUGGUUUGAAUGACGUGGGAGAGGCAGAGAAUGAUCGCCCUGCUGAAGGUGGCUUGGCCCUUGGAUCUAUGAUGUACAGUGGCGUGGAGGACUCCCAGACGAACGUCUCCGUCCCAACCCUGAGUGGGAGCGAAGGAGAGGAGCCCUCAGCCUCCUCAGACAUCAUCGUGACCCUUUCACCAAUGCUCCGGUCAGAUGACUCUCUUGAUGUCACCGUGGAGGAGGACGCAUCUGUGGAUUUGCCCAGUACCACACCAGAACCAGAAAUGGGAUUUAAUCCCAGUAUGUUCAGAGAUGGCAAUUCAUCGUCAGUGAGUAAUGAGAUAAGUGAUGCCAAUGCCACACCAGAACCAGUAAUGGGAUUUAAUGCCAGUAUGUGGAGAGAAGGCGAUUCAUUGCCAGAGACAAACAGCACAGUCAGCACUGGUACUGACGCUAACAGCACAGACAUCACUGGUACAGACACUAACAGCACAGACGUCAUCAAUGCAUCAUCAGGGACCAACAGCUCAAAUGUCACCAAUCCUCUCAACCCAGGACCCACUAACCCCCCUGGGGUAAAUGUCACCAUGGGCGGCCUAAAUCCUGCUACUGAAAAUCCAGCAGAAAACACGCCUGAGCCAACAGCAGAAAAUAUUCCAGCGUCUACAGCAGAGAAAAUUCCCGAACCUACGGCAGAAUAUAUUCCCGCAACUACGACAGAGAGUAUUCCUGAACCUACACCAGAAGUCAUUCCAGACGACACAGCUCCUCCAAGUGGAAAUGACACAGCUUUGGCUAAAGCUGCAGCCGCGGCCAAUGCUGAGCAAGGUGUGGACUCAGGAACUCAGAGCACAAACAAUGGAAGAGCAUGGGGUGUGAUCCUGGGCCUCGCAGUGACUGUGGGAAUCGUGGGUCUGGUCAUGUACGUCUUACUGAAAAGAAAAGAGCGUCUGAACUUCUCACACAGUAAACUGGUUGAGGAAGCACCUGCAGAUCCAGUUCUCAGAUUGGACAACGGUGAGCCACUGGACUUGAAAUAUGAUGGGUUUGGAUACUAUAAUCCUUCCCUCCAAGGAGAUGACAUUCAAAUGUCUAACUUCCCAUCUGGCCGUCCACGCUGAUGUCUUCUGUCCUGUGCCAUCUCGCUCGAACUCUGACUUUUGUUGUUUGCACCUCCACCACCAGAUGAAAUUCCAUCUGAAACAGCAUAUGAAGAUUACUGUACAAAUUAUGUAGAUAAAAUUGCCAAAUAGCCUCACAUUAAAUAUUCUAUACUUUUCUAUAAUGA